GGCUUGGAGUUCCAGGAAGAGAACCUGUCAAAGGACUCACACCCAGAGAGUUCCUGGGUAAAGUCCUUUUGCUCACAAGACAAGAAAUAAGGGGAAAACAACAUGCAAAGCGUCAGCUCCCCAGGUGGGCGCGUCCUCUGCGAGGAGCAGUUCCAGUGCUCCAUCUGCCUAGAGGUGUUCGUGGAGCCCGUCUCCACCCCUUGCGGACACAGCUUCUGCAAGGCCUGCCUGCAGGGCUACUGGAACCACAGCAAGAAGUUCCAGUGCCCCAUGUGCAAGAAGAGCUACUCCAGACGCCCCGAGCUGAGCGUCAACCGCGUCCUCGCCGAGAUCUCCGAGCAGUUCCAGGGGUUGACGGUGGCGGGGGGAGGAGGAGGCGGGGCGGCCUCGCCCGGCUCCAUCCUCAGGCUGGUCCCGGAGGCGACGCACGGGGAGCCGCCGCCGCCGCCGUCGGAAGGCGGGGAGUUUGCCCGGGCGGGGGAUGUGCCAUGCGACUCGUGCAUCGGUAGGAAGAUGAGGGCGCUGAAGUCGUGCGUGAACUGCCCCGGGUCGUACUGCGAGGCUCACCUCAGGCAGCACAAGAAGGUGAAGUCUCUGAUGUCCCACCGGCUGGUGGCCCCCACCCUGCACCUGGAGGACAAGAUCUGCAAGAAGCACGAACGUCUCCUGGAGGUGUACUGCCGGCACGACCACGUCUGCCUCUGCACUGUCUGCGCCCAGUCCUGCCGCAAGACCCACGAGGUGGUCUCCACCGAGCGCGAGUGGAAGAAGAAGUUGAGUCACCUGGGGAAGAUGCGAGCGGAGCUGAAACACCUCGUCAAGGAGCGAACCAGGAAACUGGAGGAGGUCACGCAGUCCAUCAAGGUCAUCAAAAGCGGUGCCCAGAAAGAGCUGGAGGAGAGCUGGCAGGUGUACGCGGAGCUCCAGCGGCUGGUGGAGCAGAGCCAGGCCGAGCUGGUGGAGGUGAUCUCGUCCCGGCAGCGCGAGGCUGAGCGGCACGCCCAGGAGCUGGCCCGCGGCCUGGAGAACGAGCUGGGCCUGCUCCGGAGGAGGGCCAGCGAGCUGGAUGCCCUCGCGCACGCACAGGACAAGGUCGUCUUCCUGCAGAGUUAUCUCAACCUUGCGCCCUCCCCCGAGCCUUCUGAUUGGUCGGCAGUGAACGUUGACACCGACCUGUACCUCGGCACCCUCCGCUCCACUGUCAGCACCCUGAUCGACCGCUUCCAGGAAGAGCUCAAGAGACUGUUCGGGAAAGAGCUGAGGAAGGUGCAGAGCUAUGCAAGUGAGGUGUACCUGGACCCGGCCACAGCCCAGCGGAACCUGGUGGUGUCCGACGACGGCCGCCAGGUGAGGUACGAGGAAUCGCGCAAGGCCUCGCUCAACGAGAGUUCCCGCUGUUUCAGCCCCGCCCUGUUCGUACUGGCCACCGAGGGCCUCUCCUCGGGCCGCCACUACUGGGAGGUGGAGGUGGGCCACAAGACCGCCUGGACGCUGGGCGUGGCGCGGGCCUCCGCCCGCCGGAAGGGCGAGAUCAAGCUGAGCCCGGACGGAGGGUUCUGGUGCCUGUGGCUGAAGAGCGGGGAGGUCAAGGCCCUGGCGUCCUCCAGGCUGACCCUCCACCUGGCCGCUCAGCCCAGCAAGGUGGGGGUGUUCCUGGACUACGAGGGAGGCCAGGUGUCCUUCUACGACGUCAAGACCAGGGAGCACCUGUUCACCUUCGUGGAUACCUUCAACGAGAGCCUGUUUCCCAUCUUCAGUCCCUGCCUCGCCCAGGAGGGGAAGAACGCCGCCCCUCUCGUCGUCAGUCCGGUCAACCUGAGACCCACCGUCCACUCAGGGAAAAUCUGACAUCGACCAGCCAAUCGUGGUUGAAAUAUACCUCAAUCUGGUUUAUGUCUGCCCAAUCGCAGUUGCGCUACUUAUGAUGGACUGCCAUACUGACUUUCCGAAGUUUCUCUACACUCAACUGGACAUGGAAGGAACUAUAAGGAUUUUUCCCAUUCUAAUUUUUUUUUACAUUUAUGUAAGGCACAGAUGUUUACUGAUGAAGAUAAAAUCACUUCCGAUCUUGCACAUGCACAACUGAUUUUCUGGGUGUUGAUUGCUUCUCAAGGCUAAGGGCUAAUUUAAGCUAAUGUGAACUACAGUACUGUCUUGUUCUUUUAUGUAUUGCAGGGUGAUAAAUAUGUACUUUUGUAUCUUAAUCUGCAGCUGAUAAAUAAAGAUGAAUGAAUUGGAUCGUG